AUGGGGAUAUUAACUACUCAAGAUAAAGAAAAAGUCAAACGUGCAAUUCCCAAAGCAAACAAUAAAAUCAUCGAUGCAACGGUGGCACGAUUAUAUAUUGCUUAUCCCGAUCCCACCAAAUGGGUUUAUACUGGAUUAGUAGGAGCAAUUGCAUUAGUAGAUGAUUUAGUAGGUCAUACAUUUUUUUUAAAAUUGGUUGAUAUUAUUGGUCAUAGAGGAGUUAUAUGGGAUCAAGAAUUAUAUGUUAAUUUUGAAUAUAAUCAAGAUCGGAAAUAUUUCCAUACAUUUGAAAUUGAACAAUGUUUAGUAGGAUUAUUAUUUGAAGAUACUAAUGAUGCUAGUCAUUUUUAUAAACGAGUAACUACUCGACAAAAAUAUGGAUCUAAUGCCACGGUAAAGAAUAAAAGUGCUAUUGCUUUGAAAGAAAGAGUUGGAUCAAAUAAUAAUCAUCAAAUCCCGGGUCCAAGAGGAGAAUUUAUGGAUGUAAAUACUGCUCAACGACAAAGAAGAACAAAAGGAAUAUUAUAUUAUGAUGAUGUACCACCACCAGAAUGGAGAUCAUUAUAUGCCGAAUUGGAAGCAGCAGGAAUUACUGAAGAUAUGAUUGCUGAUAAUAGACAAUUUAUUAAAGAUUAUAUUACUCAACAAGGUGGUCCUUUAGUUGGAUUAGAACCUCCAAUUCCUAGAAAAUUUCAGAAACGUCAUGAAGUUGAACAUACAAUGACUGAACCUUCGAGAAUUGCCUCAACAGCAUCAUCUUCAUCGUCAACUUCAAAACACAAAAAAGCACCGCCGCCACCACCACCACCACCUGAAGCAGCGGCAGCAUCACAGCAACAUCCAAUAACAGAUACAACAACCACUGCAUCAAGAAUUGACCAUUAUUCACUGAAUGAAUCGAAAGAGCCUUCUUAUUCUCCAUCACCUACAUCUACACCUACACCUGCACAUGAAACAGAAUCUCAUGAAAUAACACCAGCAAAAUCUAGAUUUAGAUUACCUCCAUCAACAGCAGUUGUACCCCCAGUAAGCCAUACAUCAUUACCACCAAAUGGCGGUCCUCAAUCUAAUGAUAAACCAUUACCAACUGUUCCAUCGCCAUUCUCGCCAGUAUCUCCACAAGCACCAAACCAUUCUGCUCAUCAAGUCCCACCUCCACCUCCAGCAAGAGCAACACCACCGGCACCACCUCCACGAGCAGGAACCAAUCAACCUGGAUUACCACCUAGAAAUACUCCUGGAUUGCCACCAAGAACUAAUAAUGCACCGCCACCACCUGCACCACCACCGAGAGCCACAAGAGGACCAGUUCCACCACCACCUCCUCCAAGAGCUGCCAGAGCACCAAUGCAAUUACCACAAACCUCACCACAAAGUUUACCACAGUCACCUCAAUCACCACCACAAGGACAACAAUAUCCAUCAAUUCCAUCAAGGGAGAAUAUUACUACAGCUAUAUCUCCACCACCACCACCACCUCCAGCACCGCCAUUACCACCUACAUUACCUCAACAAGCUAGACCGCCUAUUGCAAUACCUCAACAACAAUCACCUCAAGCAGCAACCAGUUCGGUGCCUCAACCUCCACCUCCACCACCAGCGCCUCCAUUACCACCUCAAAUGAAUCAAACAACCCAACUGACAGGAACGUCAGUACCAGCAACAAUACCAGCUCCUCCACCACCACCACCAGCCCCACCAAUGCCAGAUAUGUCAAGCUCUACAAGUGGUGGUGAUAGUGGUGGUGGAAUUUCUGAAGCAACAGGAGAUGCAGGAAGAGAUGCUCUUUUGGCAUCAAUUAGAGGUGCCGGUAUUGGAAUGUUGAAAAAAACUGAUAAAUCUCAAUUAGAAAAACCUAGUGUAUUAUUACAAGAAGCUAAAGGUGAGAGUCCACAAAUUAAUUCCAAUUCCGAUACCUCUGUUAAUGCACCACCGGCUAGUUUAGCUGAUGCUUUAGCUUCAGCAUUAAACAAGAGGAAAGAAAAAGUUGCUCAAAGUGAUGAUGAAGAUGAUGAUGAUUGGUGA